UCGGGUGAGGUUAGCGAAUAAGCGGCUAGGAAAUUUGCUUCUGCGGCCGGUGUCUUAAUUUAACAUUAAAGUUUAUUUCGGCUAAUAACUAGAUGUCAGCCCAGGAUGUGCAGUAUUUUGUAGUCUAAAGAGUAUACGGAAGCAGUUAAAGAGGCAGUGAGGUAAUAAACUUUGUGAUUGUUUGAGGCUAUUUUGAUCACUAAGUGCAGUUUUUUAUAAUCCAAACAAGAAAAGUUAGCCUCUAACUACAGAAGCAAAUUUUGAUGGAAAGCUGUGAUUUAGGACGCUAAGAAAAAUGCAAGUCAGUGAUAAAUGUAUGAAGAAAUACUGAGAAAAUAUCAAUGACCAAACUCUCACUUGGUGCUUAAAGAUUGUUAUUCCCAAAUUCAUUAAGUCUUAUCCCGUUCCAAGAUGAUGAACUAUUACGAUAAUGUGUCAUAGAAAUGCAACAUAGUCAAAAACCAUUUACUAAUGAAAGUACUAAAUUUUAACAUUUGGAAUAUCGUAGCCAUUGUCAACUGCAAUGGUGCGUCGUAACAGGAAAAGGCUUUUAAAGCUGAUGCUCACAAUUUGCGUUGCAGUGUUUUGUGGUGGAUUGCUGCUGAAAGCUGCUGUAACAUCUUUAGAGUUGCAGACAUCUGUAAUGGUUGCCCUAGAGCACGAAAGGAGUGAUACCUUCCUGACUCGACUGCCAGGAAUGAGUAUAUUCCAACAAGUUAAGGAACCACUAAAAAAAUCGUGGUACGAGCCGACAAGUGUUUCCAUUCCUCAUGGUCCUGGCGAACAAGGAGCUCCUUUUGUCUUGCCUCUUGGACUUGAGAAAACAAAAGAAGACUUGUAUAAAGAGAAUGGUUUUAAUGCUCUUGUCAGCGAUUUCAUUUCUUUAAACAGGACUCUUCCGGACAUUAGACAUCCAAGUUGUAAAGCUAAGGAAUAUUUGUCAAAAUUACCAAAGGUGAGCAUAGUGAUACCCUUCCAUAAUGAGCACUGGACCACUCUUCUUAGGACAGUUACAAGCGUGGUGAGUCGUUCGCCACCUGAACUCAUCCAAGAAAUAAUUCUUGUGGACGAUUUCAGUACUAAAGCUCAGUUGAAAAUAGCCUUGGACCAAUACGUCAGACAGCAUUUUUCUAAUGUUCGAGUAGUUAGGGCAAAUAAAAGGGAAGGCCUAAUACGAGCCAGACUUCUUGGCGCCAAAGCGGCUAAAGGCGACAUUCUUGUGUUCUUAGAUUCUCACACAGAAGCCAACGUCGACUGGUUGCCGCCGUUGCUUGAACCAAUUGCAAUAGACAGAAAAACAGUGGUAUGCCCAUUUAUUGAUGUUAUUGACUAUGAGACUUUAGCCUAUCGAGCUCAGGAUGAAGGCGCACGGGGUGCCUUUGACUGGGAACUUUACUACAAAAGACUACCACUCUUACCUGAAGACUUGAAACACCCAUCUGAUCCAUUCAAAAGCCCUGUGAUGGCCGGAGGAUUAUUUGCAAUCGAUCGUAGUUUCUUUUGGGAGCUUGGUGGAUACGAUGAUGGCCUGGAUGUGUGGGGAGGCGAGCAAUAUGAACUUUCCUUUAAGAUAUGGCAAUGCGGAGGGCAAAUGCUUGACGUGCCUUGUUCCAGAGUGGGGCAUAUCUACCGAAAAUUUGCUCCCUUUCCAAACCCAGGAUUAGGCGAUUUCGUAGGCAGGAAUUACAAGCGUGUGGCAGAAGUCUGGAUGGACGAAUACAAAGAAUACUUGUAUAUGAGGAGACCUCAUUACCGAACUCUAGAAGUCGGAAACUUGACAGAACAGAAGUCCUUAAGGAAGAAAUUAGAGUGCAAGUCAUUUCGGUGGUUCAUGGAAAAUGUGGCCUUUGAUCAACCUAAAAAAUAUCCUCCUAUUGAGCCACCAGAUUACGCAAAAGGAGAGAUUCGAAAUGGAGCUGGCGGCCUCUGCAUAGACACAAAAUUCCGUGGCCAGAACGAGAAAUUUGGUUUAGAAAAAUGCAUUAAAGACAAUCCAAAUCAAGGAGGGGAACAGCAAUUUGUACUAUCUUGGCACAAAGAUAUCCGUCCCGCCAAAAGAAGCGUCUGUUUCGAUGUUUCCAGUUCGGAAAAACAUGCACCUGUAGUACUAUGGAAUUGCCACGGAAUGCAAGGAAAUCAACUAUGGAAAUAUGAUAUGGAGAAUCAGCAUCUUGUUCAUUUACUGACAGGUACAUGUUUGGAUUGUGAUUUAAAUCGGAAAGAAAUUUUCAUGAAUCCUUGUGAUCGUGAUGUAAAAACUCAAAGCUGGAAAUUCGAAACAAUAAAUGUAACUGCUAUUUUCAACUGGUGAGCGAAGGAUAUCGCAAUAUCCCAUUCCAAACUGUUGUUCAUCACGAGAGCAAGAAUACCAGUGAGAUCAUCUUUUUCGUUCCUACAUCCAAAAGAGAAAAACAUUUCUAUGAGAAAAAAGCAUAUUUUUUCAAGGACUAUAGGAAAAGAACUCUUUUCGAUUUAAGAUUCUAGGAAAUCAUAUAACCAUGGAUAUUUUCUAGUUUUCUUCAUUUGUUUUUUUGCUGUCUACAUUUUGUAGGGAAAAUGUGCCACCGUAAAUCUAAGAAAAAUAUCUGAAAGUAGUCAGAGGAAUAACGUAUGUGCGCUUAGCAAAAAUGUUAUUUCUACUUGCAAAUUAAACCAUUUCGUUUAAUCAUCAUAUUUAAUGCUUCGUUAUUCUUUGAAAAAUAUUUUAUUACGAGUUUAUCACUUAUUUCAUGAAAAACAUAUUAAAAAAGAAAUAACUAUAUACUCAUUUUUCAUUUAAUUCCUUUACAUAGGAAUCAAGCAACAUUUCCGUGUAUAAGAAUACUAAAACCAUUACCAAAAUAUAUUUUUUCUUAAAUCAUGUGAAAAAUUUAAUUUUUACUUUUAGCAAAAUUUAAUCCUAUCCUCUAAAUAGGAAAAUUAUGUAUAAUAUUUUCCCAUUUUUGCGUAUUUCUUAUUGACAGAAAGAAAUUUAUUUCAGUGAUAAAAUUUUCUAAUUCCCUGGCGAAGAUAUUAAAAAAUGUGAUUAAAUAAAGAUUUUUUCACAUAUUUUGAAAACGAAAUCUUACACUUGAAGGAGUAGCUUCCACCCACGCCCCUUCUGAAGCUUGUUUUUAAGUUAAGGUAUAGAAAUCAGCAUACAGAAAGCUAAGAUUAUUAGAUGUAAUAUUUAGAGUGAAUGGAAAUUUACUUCACUGUAAUUUUUCAUAUUUGAAACUGGCUCAGCAAUUAUUGAAACAUGCGGAUCUUACAAUAUUUUUCGAUAUUGUGUUCUGUUAUAUUUUAAGAAUAACUAAAAAAAACAAAAUUCUACACUUUUUCCAAUAACUUAAAAAUUAAAAAAAAUAUAUUUCUCAUCCACUAAAAAAGUGGGUGUUGUGCCUUAAUUUUCUUUUUGUACAAAAUUAUAAUUUUUCUAAACAAGUGGAUGGUCUAAUGGAUACAUUGCUCUGCAUUUGAUGUUUGUGUCAAAAAUUAGUUUGUGUGCAAUUCAUGUAGCAUGAUAGAUUUUGUACCUCAUUAAAGAAAUAAAUUGCAUGACGG